CCGCAGGCCACUGGCUGGCGCAAAGCACAGGCUUGCGGUGGGCUGUUUGUCUGCGUGAAGCUGGCAUGGCCUCCAGUUCCCCUGCAUCUGUUCCCCAUUAGCAGAGCCGAGAGUAUAAAGCAGGGAGCUGACAGGGGCUGGGAGCAGUCGAGUUCUUGCUUGGAUCAUGGGGUUUACUAUCUGGCUGUGCGUGCUCUGCCUGCAGGCGAGCCUGCUGUCACACGCCCUCGACUGCUCAGGAGCGACUCAGGGAGAGCUGUGUGUCAGUGAACAGACCGCAGACGGACAGAAUGACGAUCAGAUGCAGCAGAGGGAGCUACCAUUAACUGAAGGACUGGCUUUGUUCAGACGUAAGAGACAGUUGGAGCGGAGGGGCCCCACCCACCUGAGUCACUCCAGCCUGCCCGGGGCCGUCUCUGUCAAAGGCUUCCCUAACACUCUCAUCCAGGCCGAUAGGUCCAGGCGACACUUGGUUCAAGCCGGGAAUAAGAAAAAGAAGCGUAUAUCCCGCGUCGGCUCCUUCUCCCUCCUUAGCAAUAACAACAAAUCCACCCCCCUACAGAUCACCAGAGCAAGGAGGCAGGUGAAGCCCGAUCCGCCCAAGAAGGGGAAGUCAGGUCGUUCUGGGGCUUUCUCUGUCCUGGGAGAUCCACAUAAUGAUGAGCAGGACACCAGAGUCAAAAGAAGCAUAUAGAAGACAAGUGCUGCAAAAUAAAAUGUUCUUUCUCAUUCUGAAAAAUCCUUUCAAAGGAUGUACACAGUAAAAGUUUGUUCACAUUUAUUUUACCAAAAACAUUGAAACAAACUGAAGAUUGGUGUGAAAAACUGACAUUUGGAAUAACAGCUUUGAUGUUCAUUUUGAUGUGUGUCCACCAUUACUGUUUCAGCUGUAAGCUAUCUUACAUUUAUCAGUCAGCAUUUGUCUGCACUUACUUUUAUAUACUAUUCUAAGUUUCUAAUAUAUUCCUGCAUGUUAUCACAAAAGAUCACAUUAAUAUUCUUGUCCGGCAUUUUGUUGUAACCUAUUUAAUCACAGAUUCCUUAUGAAGAUUGGGGGUAUAUUUUUGCAGAAAUAUGUUGUGUGUUGUUGUAUCAGAUUUCAAAACAAGUUUAGUAGAGACAUAUGGUGUAAACGUCUUUAAAUAUUAUGCACUUUAUGCUCCACUGGAGCCUUCUCUAUGAAAUUGGAUAAUAGUUUUUACACUCUGAGCUCCAUUAAGACAUUAAAUUGUAUAACAGUU